CCUCGGGCCGGCGGGGGUGGCAGGUUAGCCGCUGCUUUGUCUUCUCAGCUCCGGUUCCGUCUGCGUUGCCGCAGGGAGGCCGCCCCGGCCCGGCGAGCCGAACCAAUGCUGGAUCUGGAGGUGGUGCCCGAGCGCUCUUUGGGGAAUGAGCAAUGGGAAUUCACGCUGGGGAUGCCUCUGGCUCAGGCAGUAGCUAUUCUUCAGAAGCACUGUCGCAUCAUCAAAAAUGUUCAGGUUCUCUACAGUGAGCAGUCUCCUCUAAGCCAUGACCUCAUUCUUAACCUGACUCAGGACGGGAUCAAACUACUGUUUGAUGCUUUCAAUCAGAGACUUAAGGUGAUUGAAGUACAUGACUUGACUAAAGUAAAGUUAAAAUAUUGUGGCGUGCAUUUUAACUCUCAGGCCAUAGCUCCCACCAUUGAGCAAAUUGACCAGUCUUUUGGCGCAACCCAUCCAGGAGUGUACAACUCUGCUGAACAGCUCUUCCACCUCAACUUCAGAGGACUGUCUUUCUCUUUUCAGUUAGACUCAUGGACGGAGGCGCCCAAGUAUGAGCCCAAUUUUGCCCAUGGUCUAGCUUCUCUCCAGAUUCCCCACGGAGCGACUGUGAAACGAAUGUACAUCUAUAGCGGAAACAGCCUACAGGAUACCAAGGCUCCUGUGAUGCCCUUGAGCUGUUUCCUGGGCAAUGUGUAUGCUGAGAGUGUAGAUGUUCUUCGAGAUGGAAGUGGACCCUCAGGUUUACGUCUUCGCCUACUUGCUGCAGGUUGUGGGCCCAGCCUUCUGGCAGAUGCCAAGAUGCGAGUAUUUGAACGUUCAGUGUAUUUUGGUGACUCCUGCCAAGAUGUUCUUAGCAUGCUUGGCUCUCCACACAAGGUCUUCUAUAAGUCAGAAGACAAGAUGAAAAUUCAUUCUCCUUCUCCUCAUAAACAAGUUCCAUCUAAGUGCAAUGACUACUUUUUUAACUACUUUACUCUUGGGGUGGACAUCCUCUUUGAUGCAAAUACACACAAAGUGAAGAAAUUUGUCUUACAUACCAAUUACCCUGGGCAUUAUAAUUUUAACAUUUAUCACCGCUGUGAGUUCAAGAUCCCACUAGCCAUAAAGAAAGAAAAUGCAGAUGGACAGACAGAAACAUGCACUACCUACAGCAAGUGGGACAACAUCCAGGAGCUCCUGGGCCACCCUGUGGAGAAACCUGUAGUCCUACACAGGUCGUCCUCCCCAAACAACACCAACCCAUUUGGCUCCACGUUCUGCUUUGGUCUUCAGCGGAUGAUCUUUGAGGUCAUGCAGAACAACCACAUUGCCUCCGUGACCCUGUAUGGCCCCCCCAGGCCUGGUGCCCACUUGAGAACAGCAGAGCUCUCCUAGGGCACCACCACACUUGCCCGUUGGCCCCAUGGAGCUGUGUGCCAUAUCUUGCUCAGUGGGCCUCAGUGAGCCACGCUGUGGGUUUUCCUGGACACUUUGCCAGUGUUGGAGGGUUGUGUGAUGCUCUUGAGUUGGGGCUUGGGUAUGGUGCUCUGCUUUGGAGUGAGGGCCAGAUCAUCCCUCUGUCCAUCCUCAGCCUGCAAGCACCAACCAGCAGGCAACAGACACUGCAAAGAGAAGCACAAACUCUGAGCCUCCAUACUUGGACUUAGGAACUCUCGACUAACUCGAGGAAGCAGGGUUCUGUCUGCCCUGGCCCAUACACAUUGGGGAAACUUGGGCUCUUUUCUGUGGCUGAGGACAUCGAUGCCCAGGGUAAGGACACAGAGUCCUACCUUUGGCCAGGCAUUGCCACGUGACCGUUAAAGCAAGCAGGUAGCAUGUCCAUAGUACUUGGUUGUGAUGUUUGCACUACAUCCACUUUAGUUACUUGAUGAGCUGGCUGUGGCCUACCUGGCCCGCCUGCCCUUUCCUGUUCCUUUCUUGCACGAGUUUCCUGCUAGGCCCAGUUAGCACUCCCAAGUGAAUGAAACUCAGCUUUGUACCUUCCAGGAACGUGCCUAGACCUGGUACCCUCCCCUUUUGGAGCCAGCCUUCACAGUUACCUGUGCCCUCACUCUGCCCCAACCUGGCUGGUGGAGGCUGCAUGUUUCCAUUCUGUCUGCCUUUUAUUUGAUGCCAAAGUUUUAGCCAAAGACAUAUUCCUUCCUUUGUUGUAUUCCAGCAUUCAGUUCUUCACUGUGGGCUGGCUCCCUGCCCCUGCCCUGGGCAGUGCCCCCUGACUGGGUCAUUCAUGGCACCAGACCUCUGGGGGCUCAAGGAGGGCAGGGUUUGCUCGAGUCUCUUCAUGGGUCUUGCUAAGGAAAGUAGCGUAUGUGCUUUAAAAAUAAUCUUUUGAAAAGAGAAAUGUAUCAUUUUAUCCCUUUUUUAAUAUUUUGGUCUAGCAACUUGUGAUACAUAGAUAACAAUUUUGUGAGUUUUUCAAAUGUGUGUACAGAUUUUUGUAAAUAUGACUCUUUUGUAAUUAACUCAUGUACAGCCUCAUCCUAUAUAGACUAAUGAUGAAUGCGCAGGGGACCUGCCCCAGGCUUCUGUGGCUCCUGGGCCAAUAGCCAAGGUUGUGUGGCACUCCCAUGACUUUGUGAUCAACUGUGGUGUCUUCCCAUGUGGACCGUGGCCUGGCCAGAGACCCCGACACCCCCCCCCCAAUCCCACUGUCAGGGGCAGUCAGGACUUCCACCAAACUUAUCAUCCCCUGUACUUCCCCUCAAAUAAAACACCUAUGCCCUCAGCACCUGCCCAGUACAUGCUGUUGUUGGGAUGUUUGUA